UGCUUUUUAUAUUUGUGUUAAGUAGUAUUCGAGAUUCAGGGGUUAACAAUGAGACUCAGAGUUAAAAAUUAGAUGGUAUUGAGGACUCAGUGGAGGAAUAAUUUGACACACUCGUGAGUGUAGAGGCUUAAAACCUGUACAGGCCCUACAAGAUACAGCUUGAAGGACGUGAGUCAGCAUAAUAGCUUGUAGGAUGUGGGUCAGCACAAUGGGAUAAUCACCAGCCACAAGUUCCAGCUACAGUUAAUUGAAUAUUCAUAUCUUGCAUACUCGAUUAAUCAACAACUGAAUCAGGUCAGGGUUGUAUGUCCAGUAGAAGCUUUGUGCGUGCAGUGAUGAGGGCGAUCAGAGUCACAGAGUUCGGGGGGCCAGAGGUGCUGAAAGUACAGACAGAUGUCCCCAUACCUCAACCCAAGGCCUCCGAGGUGCUGAUUAAAGUGAGUGCUGCCGGCAUCAACCCGGUGGACACCUACAUCCGCAGCGGCGUGUACGCAGCCAAGCCCUCCCUGCCCUACACCCCUGGGAUGGAUGUGUCCGGUGUCGUCCAGGAGGUCGGGGCGGAUGUGAAAAAGUUCCAGAAGGGCGAUCGUGUGUACUCCAUGCGGACAUCAACGGGAGCUUAUGCUGAGUUCGCCACAGUCGAGGAAAAGUACAUCGGUCAUCUUGGCGAUGCUAUCACAUUUGAACAGGGUGCUGGAAUCGGAGUCCCCUACUACACAGCUUACAGGGCACUCAUACUGAGAGGCGGCGCCCGUCCCGGGGAGACCGUCCUUGUGCAUGGCGCCAGUGGAGGGGUGGGUUCUGCGGCCGUCCAGAUCGCCAAGUCGAGGGGCAUCCGUGUUCUCGGCACGGCAGGGAGUGCAGAAGGUAUGGAGGCCAUCAAGAAGAAUGGAGCUGAUGUGGUGUUCAACCAUCGCGAGGAGGGCUACAUUCAGAAGAUCAUGGAUGCAACGGGAGGGGAGGGGCCGGAUGUCAUCCUGGAGAUGUUGGCCAACAUAAACCUGGAAAAGGACCUCGGCAUGAUCAAGUUACGUGGGCGGAUUGUGAACAUCGGCUCCCGUGGACCAACAGAGAUCAACCCACGCGCCACAAUGGGGAAGGAGUGCACCAUCACAGGCGUCAUGCUGAUGAUAUCAGGGGAUGCUGACUGGAAGGAGAUGCACGCAGCAAUGGAGUCAGGGAUGUCCCAGGGCUGGCUGCGACCAGUCGUGGGGAAGGAGUUUCCUCUAGAAAAGGCGGCCGAGACUCAUGAACUUAUCAUGAACACCAAGAGUGCCCAGGGAAACAUUGUGCUGAAACUCUAGUCACUGUCACAAUGUUACAGUAACGUUACAUCCACUGUGAGAAUGACAACAUUACAGUGACAUUGCAGCUGCUGUGAGUCACGACAUUGCAGUGACAUUACAGCUACUGUGAGAGUCACGACAUUUCAGUGACAUUGCAGCUGCUGUGAGAGUCACGACAUUGCAGCUGCUUUGAGAGUCACGACAUUGCAGCCUCUGUGAGAGUCACGACAUUACAGUGACAUUACAGCCCCUGUGAGAGUCACGACAUUGCAGCUGCUUUGAGAGUCACAACAUUGCAGCUGCUGUGAGAGUCACGACAUUGCAGCUGCUUUGAGAGUCAUGACAUUGCAGCUGCUUUGAGAGUCACGACAUUGCAGCUGCUGUGAGAGUCACGACAUUGCAACUGCUGUGAGAGUCACAACAUUGCAGUGACAUUACAGCCCCUGUGAGUGUCACAAUACAGUAACGUUACAGUCGCUGUGAGUCAUGACAUUAGUGACAUUGCAGCUGCUGUGAGAGUCACGACAUUGCAGCUGCUGUGAGAGUCACGACAUUACAGUGACAUUGCAGCUGCUGUGAGAGUCACGACAUUUCAGUGACAUUACAGCCCCUGUGAGAGUCACGACAUUACAGUGACAUUACAGCUGUUGUGAGAGUCACAACAUUACAGUGACAUUGCAGCUGCUGUGAGAGUCACGACAUUACAGUGACAUUGCAGCCCCUGUGAGAGUCACAACAUUACAGUGACAUUGCAGCUGCUGUGAGAGUCACAACAUUACAGUGACAUUGCAGCCCCUGUGAGAGUCACGACAUUUCAGUGACAUUACAGCCCCUGUGAGAGUCACGACAUUACAGUGACAUUACAGCUGUUGUGAGUGUUACAACAUUACAGUGACAUUACAGCCCCUGUGAGAGUCACGACAUUACAGUGACAUUACGGCUGCUGUGAGAGUCACGACAUUACAGUGACAUUGCAGCUGUUGUGUCACGACAAUACAGUGACAUUGCAACUGUUGUGUGUGUCACGACAAUACAGUGACAUUGCAGCUGCUGUCAGUGUCACGACAUUACAGUGACAUUACAGCUGCUGUCAGUGUCACGACAUUACAGUGACAUUACAGCUGCUGUCAGUGUCACGACAAUACCCAUGAACUGUCACAUAAGUCAUCAUGUAUUUUCUCCUACAUUGAUACUGCUUGAUGUAUAUCCCAGGCUACUCACUGUGUGUCCUAGAAUCGUGUUAGUCUUGUAAUCACAACUGAUGCAACUAUUCAAGGUGAAGGAUCUUAUUUUCUGCACAAUGAAACCUUGUUAAUCUGCUUCCCAAAAGAUGAUUGUUUCUGUGGAUGUAUCCGUAUAUACAAAGGGAUUAGUACCUCUGAUAAGUUUAUCCAGACAGUUUAACUGGAAACAGUAUUAUCCAGAUUUUCAAGGUUUUUUAUGUACACCCAGCCAAACCCCCACGGAUAGACCAUUCAAUAGAGGGUAAGGAAAUGUGUGUUCAGCACCAUCUGUUGAACACUGUCUCUUCUGUCUGUUCAGCACUGUCUGUUCAGUACUGUCUGUUCAGUACUGUUUGUUCAACACAGACUGUUCAGUAUUGCCAGUUCAACACUGUCUGUUCAGUACUGUCUGUUCAGUACUGCCUGUCCAACACUGUCUGUUCAGUACUGUCUGUUCAGUACUAUCUGUUCAGCACUGUCUGUUCAGUACUAUCUGUUCAACACUGUCUGUUCAACACUGUCUCUUCUGUCUGUUCAGUACUGUCUGUUCAGUACUGCCUGUUCAACACUGUCUGUUCAGUACUGUCUGUUCAACACUGUUCAGUACUGUCUGUUCAGCACUGUCUGUUCAGUACUGUCUGUUCAGUACUAUCUGUUCAACACUGUCUGUUCAGUACUAUCUGUUCAGCACUGUCUGUUCAACACUGUCUGUUCAGUACUGUCUGUUCAACACUGUCUGUUCAGUACUGUCUGUUCAGUACUAUCUGUUCAGCACUGUCUGUUCAGCACUGUCUGUUCAGUACUGUCUGUUCAGUACUGUCUGUUCAGUAUUAUCUGUUCAGCACUGUCUGUUCAGCACUGUCUGUUCAGUACUAUCUGUUCAACACUGUCUGUUCAACACUGUCUCUUCUGUCUGUUCAGUACUGUCUGUUCAGUACUGCCUGUUCAACACUGUUCAGUACUGUCUGUUCAACACUGUCUGUUCAGCACUGUCUGUUCAGCACUGUCUGUUCAGUACUAUCUGUUCAACACUGUCUGUUCAGUACUAUCUGUUCAACACUGUCUGUUCAACACUGUCUCUUCUGUCUGUUCAGUACUGUCUGUUCAGUACUGUCUGUUCAGCACUUCCUGUUCAGCACUGUCUGUUCAGCACUGUCUGUUCAGUACUAUCUGUUCAACACUGUCUGUUCAGUACUAUCUGUUCAGUACUGCCUGUUCAACACUGUCUGUUCAGUACUUUCUGUUCAGUACUAUCUGUUCAGCACUGUCUGUUCAGUACUGUCUGUUCAACACUGUUCAGUACUGUCUGUUCAGCACUGUCUGUUCAGUACUAUCUGUUCAGUACUGUCUGUUCAACACUGUCUGGUCAGUACUGACUGUUCAGUACUCUCUGUUCAGUACUCUCUGUUCAGCACUGUCUGGUAAUGGUUGUUCUAUAGCCUGCCAGCUCACGACUCAAGAUAGCCUCAUGUCAGAAUGUCUACAUAGAUAUCAUGCUGAUAUGUUACCAUGCUUAUGUGUACAGUAGUCAGACGACAUCUUUAGAUUUUAUAAUGGUGCUUCUAGUUAUUUUGUUGAUGUAAUUGUUACUAUUGUUUAUGAAUAAAAUAAUGGCGCUUUUA